AUGGUGAAAAGAGGAGGAGGUACGAAGAGGAAGCCAGAGAUGAAGAAGAUCGCUGACAAAGCUUCGCGAGCCACAACUUUCUCCAAACGCAGAGAAGGUCUCUACAGUAAAGCGGCUCAGCUUUGCGUUAUCUCUGACGCUCAAAUCGCAAUCUUAGCGACUCCAUCUUCUUCAAACUCCAACGCUUCUUUUUUCUCGUUUGGUCACUCCUCCGUUGAUUCCAUCGUCUCUGCUUAUCUGUCGGGAAAGAGACUUCCUCCUGUUUCAUCAUGUGGUGGUACCAAAGCGGCGAGAGAAGACUUAGGUAUUUGUAUGGCCCGCAUGGAUCUAGGGUUAGGGUUUUGGUGGAACGACGAGAAACUUGUCAAUUCUAAGAAUCGCGAAGAACUUAUGGAAGCGAUGAAGUCCAUGGAAGUACUCAUGGAGCAGGUUAAGGAAUUGAAGGAUCAAGCCCUAACAACAACGCUUCCUCCAUCAUCGUCACAUGAUGACUUGGAUGAAUGGAGCGAGAUGGAACUUAAUCAACUCCUCCAAGAUGAUUGUGAUGAUGAUGCACCACCACCACAUGUUGUUGUUAGCAACACUGAAAAAGAAGAAGAGGAUCAGACUGUAUCUGAGAAAACCUGCAACAACAACAUGAACUUUGUAUCAUUACCUGAAACAGCGGGAAGAAGCUUGGAAGAAAGCUUGGAAGAAGAGAAGAUGGAUAUUGAUUGGGAUACUGUUUUUGUAUUCGAUGAGGAGCUUAGUGAUGAUGUAUCACCACCUGUUGUUGGCAACACUGACAAAGAAGAAGAGGAUCAGAAUCUAUCUGAGAAACCUUGCAACAAUGGCAACUCUAUGUCAGUACCUGAAGCAGCAGGAAGAAGCUUGGAAGAUCUUGAUUUGGAUAGUAUAUUUGAAGGUUUGGCAUCCUUUGAUGAUCAGAAGCUCCUUUGGUCUGAUGAGUUAUUGUUCAUGUAA